AUGGAUCCACGAGCGGACUUGAGACCGCUAAAAAAGGGCGAGGUGAACCUCGGUACGUCAAUUAUGGCGAUCAAGUUCAAGGACGGCAUUAUCCUUGGUGCAGACAGCCGGACAAGCAUGGGGUCGAUGAUCGCCAACCGAGUCACCGACAAGCUCACACAAAUCCACGACAAGGUAUGGUGUUGCCGUAGUGGUUCGGCAGCAGAUACUCAGUCGGUGAGCGACUAUGUCAAGUUCUUUUUGGAUCAGUGCACCUAUGACUUUGGCCAAAAGCCCACCGCGCGUAUUGCGGCGAAUCUGUUCCGCGAGCUCUGCUACCGCAAUAAAGCGCAACUGACUGCCGGCAUUAUUCUUGCCGGUUACGACGAAGAAACUGGCGGUGAAGUCUAUUCGAUUCCGCUGGGCGGUUCAUUGCACAAGGCCGACUACGCUAUUGCAGGCAGUGGCUCCACUUACAUCUAUGGUCUGUGCAACAAGUACUAUAAGCCCGAUAUGGAGCGCGAAGAAGCCAUUGAAUUUGUCAAACAGUCGCUCACUCAAGCGAUCCGCUGGGACGGCUCGUCGGGUGGCGUCAUCCGCAUGGUUUUGCUCACUAAAAACGACCCCGAGAGACUGCUCUUUUUACCUGAUGAGUAUCGUGCCGAUGAGUAUCCUUCUCAAACCCCGGUUUCCGCUUGA